AUGGCCGACCAGCCUAUUGCCGUGGAUCCGGACUUGUAUGCAGCCGACAGCACCUACAAUCCCGAUGAUUGGCAAUCGGAAACCACUUCCAUCGGGUCCUCGAUCUAUCGUGGCUUGAUGGAUAAUGGCCGUCGCUACCAAUCCCUCCGCAACAAAGAAUACAUUCUUCCAUCGGAUGAACAAAUGUUCGAGACGUACGAGGCCGGUCACCUCGUCGAUCUUAUCAUGGACUCGCACCGAGACAAUCCGCUAUUUCGUUCGCCAGUUGGGGACGACCCACAACACAUUCUGGACAUUGGGACGGGCAAGGGCACCUGGGCCAUCGAUGUCGCCGACAUGUUCCCCGGUGCGACCGUCCGCGGUGUGGACCUCUUCCCGCCUCCCGUCACUUGGAUGCCCCCGAACUGUGUGAUUGAGGUCGACGAUGUGCUUCAGGAGUGGACAUGGCGCGAACCGUUUGAUCUCAUUCAUAUGCGCAAUAUGAUCGGAGCAUUUGAUUUCAAAGAGUGGGACCGUCUCUACAGGGAGUGUUACGACAAACUGCGACCGGGUGGAUGGAUUGAACAGCUGGAGGUCGGUCCAUUUGUUCGGAGUGACGAUGGAAGUCUGCCACCCGACUCGGCUCUGGCAAGCUGGGCAACCAUCGUGCAGCAAUGCGGAGAACGUGCAGGCCGACCCUGCGACAUCGUGAAUAGCCUGCCGACUAGUAUCCGAAAGGCGGGCUUCGUGGAUGUGCAUGAGAAGACUUACAAGUGGCCGAUCGGCCCGUGGCCCAAGGAUCAGAAGUACAAGGAGGCCGGCACGGUCAACAUUCAACAUUGGCUGUCGGGCAUGGAAGGAUGGUGCAUGUGGCUCCUGACCAAAUACGGAUCUCCAGAGCCGUGGACGAAGGAUGAAGUCCAUGUGUAUGUGGCCAACUUGCGCAAGGAUCUCAAGAACCCUCACUACCAUCCUUACCACAAGGCCCGACGAGUGUGGGCACGCAAGCCGAUGCCUGGUGAAGUGGUUGGUGGCCCAUCGCCGUCCUCAAUCAUCUCCUGA